AAAGCAAAAGUCUGUGGGCAGUGACCGCGGCAUACAUAUCGAAUUUGAAGUUCUUUCUAGAAAACCUAGAACAUAGAAAGAUGUUUCUAAACUUAUUUUUAUUUAUGUAAGCUCAAGUAUUUAUAAGUUGUAUAGAGAUAAGUUACAAUUAAAACAUGUCAAAUGUUUUCGGAUUGAUAGUAUCCGGGCGAUUGGUGCAAACAGACUUUACGCUAGUCUCAGAGACGAGUCUUGUCACGACAAUUCUGGAUGUUGAUUCUAUCAACCAUGCGGUAGUGUUUUUGACGGGUACGACGCCGUUGCCUGCCGGUUCAGUUGCAAUCGUCUACUGGAGCUGGCCUGACCCCAAUGCGCCUCCCAAUUGGCAGCCUCUCGGCCAUAUCUCAAAUGCUAAACCUUCGGCUAUAUUCAAAAUUCAGAAUUUAAAAAAGCUUCAUGAAUUAUCAAGUGAAAACAAAUUUAUAAAUGCAUUUGGCCAGCAGCAAAUCUGUCACAAUGCACAAAUAGGGAUCUCCAUUGAACCUGAAGCAAAUGCACAAAUGUUGGAACCUGUUCUAGAACAACAAACAAACAACUAUGUGUCAUUUGCACAGAAGAUGCUGGAAAACUUAGUGAACUUUGUAGCAUCUUUCUCUGUUACGCAAGAUCAAAUGACCCCUACUCCGGGUGUCUCCUACAUACCACUUAAUACUCUACAUACAUGGUACCAGAACUUCGAGCGACGCUUGCAGAAUAAUCCUAACUUUUGGAAGAACUUAUAAGGAAAUAUAGGAUAAGUGCAGACUUUAAGCAAUUUGAAUAAUAUGUAGGGUAACUAAAUUUAAUAACUGGCUAAAUUGUAUAUUUGAACAAGAUUUUAUUUAUAUUUUUUAAACUAAUCUUCAUACCAGAUUUAAAUGAGGAUUGAGGAUGAUUUAGUGUAACAUGAUGUGAACAAAAUAAUUGUUCAAGACCAUUUAAAAUUUUGAAAUUAGAUUAAGAUAAUUUAUUGUUGGAAAAAUGCUGAUUACUUUAAUACUUCUCAAUGCUACCCGCAUAUAUUAUUAUUUUGAUUAAAUUCAUUGUAAUGCUUC